ACUUGAUCCAACAUGUCAGCCCCGGUUGGAACUGUGGUUGAAGACUCGAGCAGUGAAGAUGAAGAUCUGGAAAAGUUUAAGGAAGCAGCUUGGAGUUUUGGCACAUAUGGAACUAAUGGUACCAACACGGCAGGUAAAUUCAGCCUAACAUUAAAUAACCUUUGCUUUAACUAAGACCCAGGAUGUAGCUAGCUAACGCUAGUCAACAACAAAUGUGGGGUGGGAGAUAUCUUAGUGUGUGAAGUCUUUAGUUAGUGAGCAAAUCUAUCUUACCCCAAAACAGCAGCGAAAUCUUAACAGUAAUAUAACUACUGUUGUUUUUAGAUGGGGAAAGCAAUGGGAAGCUAUCCCGUCGGUAAGUUUUCCUUUUCUCCGAAUGGCAUGCUAUCUCCUCUGUAUUAUUAUGAUUCACCAACAUGCAUAGAGGUUCUGCCUCACGUUUGGCUUUGCCAGAAUAAUAGUGUUUUAUGUAAUGCUAUGGUCAACAGUGUGGCUGUAUCUAAACAUGAACAUGAUGGGAACGAGCUUCAGACGACCCCGGAGUUCCGUGCGCACGUUGCAAAGAAAUUAGGGGCUAUACUUGACAGGUACAGUAUUUAUUCUUUGUCAUGGGAAAAUGUUUGAUGAAACAUCAGUUUUACUAUUAUAGCUACCUAUAGCCUUUGCCUCAUGUUACCUCCACCUGUCAACUUUUCAGUUGCCUACUUUAAUCUAACUAUGCAAUUUGAUUUUCAGUUGCAUUUCAUUGAUAUCUGCAGAAACAUCAAAACCCUGCACAGCGUCAACCAAAUGUGAAGAUGAAGAAGGUGAGGGUUUAUCGAGAAAUUGUUUUGCAUUGAAACUGAUGCAGUAGUUACGAACUGUAUGAUGUGUUGUCAGAUAUGACGUGAUAUAAAUGCUGGAUGGGGUCUUGAUCUUAUGUCUUGGUUUUAAGGUUUCCGGCUGUUCACCACAUCUGUCCCAGGAGAGUUUACCAUUGAUCCCCCCCCCCCCUCCUGUAAGGCGCCGCCCCAUCCCCAGCUCAAGGUGAUGCUUGUUCUAUGUAGGCCUGGCCUUUUAACCUUUGGGUUGUGUGAGGUGGUUUUAUGUAAUUUUCAUUCCUACUUUGUGAAGGAAUCCUUACAGUAGCAUUGCAUGAUUGUAAUAUUCCUGUAUCUCAUAUUGUAAUACUACUGUAAUAAACAGUUUAGUGUUUGUUUCUGCAAUGUUCUUCUAGUGACAGUGACAGUGAGCUGGAGAUGAGACUGAGAGAGGCAGCAGUGUCAGUUACAGACCUCCUAUCAUCGGCUCUCCCCAGUGCGGUUACACCUUCCAUGCCUGAGUCCCUCAGCUCUGAGAAAAUUAAGAAGAAGAAGAAGAAGAAGAAAUACAAGGUUCAGGCAGGAGAGGAGGCAGAAAGAGAGCACAGUAAUAACAGCCCUGUUCCAAAGAAAAAUAAGAAAAGGACAGCUUCCCACGGGGAGUUUGGAGAGGUAGAGAACUGUGGAGAAGCCUCACCUUAUGCUAAAACAGAGGAGGAGCAGAAGAGCCCCGAGGAGGACAGUCUACCCCUGAAGGUCAAGAAGAAAAAUAAAAAGGCACAGAUGAAAGGGUGGAAGUAG